GCAGAGCGAAGUCGAGAACUUGUUUCAGUGUAGUCGUCGAAGAAGAAGAUGGUGAGGAGAACCCUACAAUCAGCGAAGGAGACAAAGCGAGAACACGAAGAUGGCAAUAAAAGGAACCAGCAGAAUGAUUUAUUCGCUUCUUGUUCCUUCUCUUCCCUCGGCCUCCAUCCCAAGCUAUGCGACGAGCUCCGAGAAAGGAUGGGAUUUCACGCUCCUACGCAAGUACAAGCUCAAGCUAUUCCUGUUAUUCUCUCCGGUCGCGAUGCACUUGUUAAUGCAGCUACCGGCACUGGAAAAACUGUAACGUAUUUGGCACCGAUUAUUCAUCACUUGCAGAGUUACUCUCCUAAGAUUGAUCGUUCCCAUGGAACAUUCGCUUUGGUGCUUGUCCCGACGCGUGAACUGUGCCUUCAAGUGUAUGAGACAUUGCAGAAGCUGCUGCAUCGGUUCCACUGGAUUGUACCAGGUUAUGUGAUGGGAGGGGAGAAAAAGGCUAAAGAGAAAGCUAGACUGAGGAAAGGCAUAUCUGUCCUCAUCGCCACCCCAGGACGCCUUCUUGACCACUUGAAGAGCACAGCUUCGUUUGUGCACAAAAAUCUGCGUUGGGUUAUCUUUGAUGAAGCUGAUCGCAUACUUGAAUUAGGUUUUGGCAAAGACAUAGAGCAGAUACUUGACCAUCUAGGUUCCAGACGAAAUGGGGAAGUGGGAGAGGAUGGUGCUGUUUCCAAUGGUUCUCAGAAGCAGAACUUGUUGUUGUCAGCCACUUUAAAUGAAAAAGUAAACCACCUUGCUAAAAUUAGUCUGGACAAUCCAGUAAUGAUUGGUCUUGACAACAACCGACCCCAAGAUUUAUCAUUUCACGCUCCUGGAUCUCCUGUCUCGGAUGCUGAUGAUAUGAUCAUUCAUGUAAACAAAGGGAUAGACUCUUCAUCGGGGGAUUACAGAAUACCAUCCCAGCUGGUGCAGAGAUAUGCCAAAGUACCAUGUGGCUCACGGAUUGUUGUACUUCUUUCUGUCCUGAAAAACCUGUUUGAGAGAGAAGCUUCUCAAAAGGUGGUGGUGUUCUUCUCGACACGUGAUGCUGUAGAUUUUCAUUACUCGCUUCUGAGUGAAUUCCAGUGGCCACCAAGUUCUGACCCAGAAGUAGAGAUUAAGCAACUGUUCCUGAAAUGCAAAACUUUUCGAUUACAUGGAAGCAUGGAGCAAGAGGAUAGAAGAACCGCAUUUGGGGCCUUCAACACAGAGAAACAGGCUCUUCUCUUGUGUACAGAUGUAGCUGCAAGAGGCUUGGAUUUCCCAAAAGUAAAAUGUAUCGUACAGUAUGACUCUCCUGGGGAAGCCACUGAAUAUGUGCAUAGAGUUGGUAGAACGGCUCGUUUAGGCGAAAAAGGAGAGGCCUUGCUAUUUCUACAACCGAUUGAGAUAGAUUAUCUGCAAGAAUUGGAGAAACAUGGUGUGUCACUCACGGAGUAUCCUCUUCUGAAAGUACUGGAUAAGUUCCCGCUGCUUGGCCAUAUGCCCCGUAUCCGAAAGGUUAUCUCACCAGAAUCACAUCCAUGGGUCAUAUCUCUGCAAAAAGCUCUUGAAUCGUUUGUCUAUGCUGAGCUGAAAAUGAAGAAGCUGGCAAAGAGUGCGUUUGUUUCUUGGGUUAGGGCAUAUGCAGCUCACAAAGGAGAGCUGAAGAGACUCUUUGUGGUGAAGAAGCUUCACCUUGGGCAUGUUGCUAAAAGCUUUGCACUGAGAGAGCAGCCAUCUUUGGUGGGGAAAGCACACCAUAAACAGCAAUCUAAGAAGAGGAAGAGAGACGAACGGCAAAAGGGGCAACAAUUGAAGAAGAGGAAGAAGGUGGGGACACAAAACACAUGAGAAAACUCGGACAAAUGGUUAUACGCUGCAAAACCAUGAUUUAUCUCUUCUUGUUGUUAAGAAUUCGUAUAGGCCUUGUGGUUCAGUUUUGAAAUGUGAGCCAUGAACCACCGACCGGAAAAGGAUAUGAUUUGUUGAGAAUUUAUAAUAGCAAAAUGUUGUAACUUUAAA